AUGCUGCUCCCUUCGGCGCUGUCAUGCGAGUCACGACAGCAACAAUUUCCAUCCCGGCCACGCUUCGCAAACUCCCACUUCUUUCCAUCAACUCCUCCGCCUUCUGACGACGGCAUAAUCUCAGGAAAUGGUUUGCUGGGGACAUGUCGAGCGCUUCAGUCGCUGUUGAAUGCAUCCCCCGCUGCGUCGCCUAGUCGUGGACGCACUCGAGUUCCCAAGCCAGAGAGCCUCCAAAGCCCUCUACAAGUGAAACCGACACCAUACAUUCAACAUCGAACAACCUCUUCUUCAUCCACGUCUUCUACAGCACCUUCAACUUCAGCGCGCACUGUCAAGAAAGUCGUCAAACCAACCGCAAAAUAUCCGCGCGGCGCCAACAAGAGGCGGAGAGAAACCUACGAGGAUCCCAUGGAUUUCCAGCCCAACAGUAGAAACAAGGAGCAUGAAGACAAGUUUUCAACACCAAAGAGGCUGAGGCGCGCACCACCAGAGCUCCCGCUCGGACUAGCGACUAGAGACUUCCUAUCACUCGACACUCCGUCUAGAUCGCAACAAUCACCCAUACAGUCCCCAUACAAUCGACGGCCGUGGAACCUACGGAGUGAUGAGAGAAAGACAGUACCCACCACCGCUAGUAUAUCUCCGGAAUCCCUGCCCUCCGCGCCAUGUGCUGCUACACACAACUCUUUAAAUAACGCCAUAGACUCUUCAAUAUUCUCUUCACCUCCUCACCCGACGACAGAGUGGACCAGUGACGACGAUGGAAGGCUGGUCGAGCUCGUGCUAGAGAAGCUAAAGCUGUCCAAACGUGACUGGAAUGACUGCGCAAGACGGAUGGGGAAGAAUCACGACUCUGUCGGGAAACGAUGGAAAGCCCUUGUCGGAGAAGGGAAUGUUGGCCUCAGAAGGGGCCGACGCAUGGUCAGGGGCCGGAUCGAUGAAAGCUGGAGGCCAUGA